UUGUCUUGCGACCAAAACUAGUUUCAAGACGACCUGGCGAAAAUAUUUUCCUUUCCCUUGAAGGAACGGAUGAUUGAGGCGUCAACUUCCCGACAUUUCCUCCGACAUCUCCCCUCUCUAGACAAAAGUUUGUGGAUCCUCCAAGAGUUUUGGAAAUACAGAUUGAUAGAAAGCCUCCUUUUUCUGUAGGUGGGAACUUUGAAAACAUGGAUUGGGGGACGGAUCUUUGGGACCAGUAUGAUGGUAUUGAUAAACACACCCAGUCAGGACUGGAUCUGGUCGACCGAUAUGUGAAGUUUGUCAGAGAACGGACCGAGAUAGAACAGAACUACGCCAAGCAACUCAGAAACCUCUCCAAGAAAUACCUUAAACGAGGCAGCAAGGAGGAGCAGGAAUGUGGGUUCACCAAUCACCAGUCGUUCCAGGACAUUGUGAAUGAGCUGAAUGACUAUGCGGGCCAGAGAGAGCUGAUAGCAGAGAACAUGAUGACUGGAAUCUGUGUAGAACUCACCAAAUACCUCCAGGACCUCAAACAAGAACGCAAAACAUACCUGGCCGAUGCCAAAAAAGCUCAACAGAACUUGGAGAUCAGUUUCAAACAGCUGGAGAAUACGAAGAGGCGUUUUGCCAAGGAGUGGGGAGAGGCAGAGAAAGCCACACAACAAGCAGAGAAAAUUGAGAACGACACAAACGCUGUGAAAGCAGAUGUUGAGAAGGUGAAGCAGCAUGCCCAUGUGAAGACACACACAGCGGAGGAGUGCAGGAACGACUACGCCGCCCAGCUCCAGAAAUACAACAAGGAACAGAACACCUUCUACUACACAGAGAUACCGCAGCUGUUUAAUAAGCUGCAGGAUAUGGAUGAGCGGCGUAUCAGGUGCUUGGCAGAGGGCUACAGUCAGUUUGCUGAGGUAGAGAAGAAGGUUUUACCCAUCAUCACUAAAUGUCUGGACGGGAUCAGUAUGGCAGGGCGGAACACCAACGGCAAACAGGACUCCUUGCGGUUUAUAGAACAACACAAGUCAGGUUUUGAGCGACCGGCUGAGGUGGACUUUGAGGACUACAGCCAAGGUAUCAAACCAGCCUCCUCAGACGCCAACCUCAACCACCCUAAAGUACGCACUAAACUCUGGCCCUUCAGUCACAAGAAAACCAAGAGGAUAAAUGCUGACAAGCACAUGUCUCCAGCUGCUGAGGACUUCUCUCACCUGCCUCCAGAACAGAGGAAGAAGAGACUUCAGUCCAAGAUUGAUGACAUCACCAAGGAACUUCAAAAGGAGCUGGACCAGAGUGAGGCAUUAGAGAAGAUGAGAGGUGUUUAUGAACGGAACCCUCAGAUGGGAGACCCAGCCAGUCUAGAACCUCAGAUCACCCAGACCUCGCAGAACGUUGGACGACUCAGAGGACAACUCACCAAAUACGAGUCAUGGCUGGCUGAGGCUUUCAGAGGAGAGGAUUCUACUAACACUGCUGUCAACAACAAUCAAUACUGUUCCAUGUCAGCUGAUCCAUCUCAGAACAUCUACUCAGAGUUUGAUGAAGACUUUGAUGAAGAUGUGGAGAAUCCUAUAGGAAAGGCUACUGCCCUCUACACCUUCCAAGGUUCCAGUCAGGGGACAGUGUCAAUAACAGAAGGCGAACAGCUCAGUGUGAUGGAGAGUGAUAAAGGAGAUGGAUGGAUGAGGGUUCUACGAGCCAACGGAGACGAAGGAUACAUCCCCUCAUCCUACGUCAAAUUCUAGACAAUAACACACCCACGUGGAUACACCGAUUUAACACACGGACGGAAGGACACACACUCCUUUCAGCCAAGGACUUCCAUUCUGUGUGUUUAAGCAGUACCACCCCUUCAUCUCUCUAUCUACCUCUCUCUCACUGUCUCUUACUGUUACUCUCUCUCUACCUCUCUCUCUCACUCUACCACUCUCACUCUCUCUCUACCUCUCUCACUCUACCACUCUCACUCUCUCUCUACCUCUCUCUCUACCUCUCUCUCUCACUCUACCACUCUCACUCUCUCUCUACCUCUCUCACUCUACCACUCUCACUCUCUCUCUACCUCUCUCUCUACCUCUCUCUCACUCUACCACUCUCACUCUCUCUACCACUCUCACUCUCUCUACCUCUCUCUACCUCUCUCUACCACUCUCUCUACCACUCUCUCUACCACUCUCUCUACCACUCUCUCUACCUCUCUCACUCUACCACUCUCACUCUCUCUCUACCUCUCUCUCUACCUCUCUCUCACUCUACCACUCUCACUCUCUCUACCUCUCUCUACCUCUCUACCACUCUCUCUACCACUCUCUCUACCACUCUCUCUACCACUCUCUCUACCACUCUCACUCUCUCUACCUCUCUCUACCUCUCUCUCUCUACCUCUCUCUCACUCUCUCUCACUCUCUCUACCUCUCUCUCACUCUCUCUACCACUCUCUCUACCACUCUACCACUCUCUCUCUCUACCUCUCUCUACCUCUCUCUCACUCUCUCUCACUCUCUCUCACUCUCUCUACCUCUCUCUCACUCUCUCUACCUCUCUCUACCUCUCUCUCACUCUACCACUCUCUCUCUACCACUCUCUCUACCACUCUCUCUCUCGCUCUACCUCUCUCUCACUCUCUACCUCUACCUCUCUCACGCUUUACCUCUCUCUCUACCUCUGUCUCUCUCUACCUCUCUCACUCUACCACUCUCUCUCUCUCUACCUCUCUCACUCUACCACUCUCUCUCUACCUCUCUCUCUCUCUCUCUCUCUACCUCUCUCUACCUCUACCACUCUCUCUCUCUACCUCUCUCUACCUCUCUCUACCUCUACCACUCUCUCUCUCUACCUCUCUCUACCUCUACCAGUCUCUCUCUACCUCUCUCUCUACCUCUCUCUCUGCCUCUCUCUCUGCCUCUCUCUCUACCUCUCUCUCUACCUCUCUCUCUACCUCUCUCUCUACCUCUCUCUCUACCUCUCUCACUCUACCUCUUCAUCCUCCUCUCUCCACCCCUCCUCCUCCCUCCACCCCUCUCUCCCAGUCCCAUUCCUCUCUCCCUAUACUUACCUAAUCACAGAUCAUUAGUUGCCAUGACAUUGUGAUUGUUUUUAUAUUAAAUGACUGCUAUCCUAGUUAUCAGAUUUGGAUGAAAUUGUUAUCAGCUGGAUGGUGAAGCCACUAUAUUAUGGACCAUGUUCUGCGUCCCAAACGCCACCCUGUUUUCUAUAUAGUGUACUUGUUUGUCACAUGUUUUCUCAUCUGAAGAGUGGUUAGAUCCCAAAUGAAACCCUAUUCCCUAUAUAGAACACUACUGUCGACCAGAGCCCUAUUCCCUAUAUAGAACACUACUAUAGACCAGAGCCCUAUUCCCUAUAUAGAACACUACUAUAGACCAGAGCCCUAUUCCCUAUAUAGAACACUACUGUCGACCAGAGCCCUAUUCCCUAUAUAGUGCACUAAUUUUGACCAGAGGCCUAUUCCCUAUAUAGAACACUACUAUAGACCAGAGCCCUAUUCCCUAUAUAGUACACUACUGUUGACCAGAUCCCUAUUUAGCACACUAAUUUUGAUCAGAGGCCUAUGGGGAAGAGGGGGCCAAUUGGGACGCAGACUGUAUGUGAAACUGGUAAAUUUUUAAAUGUUUCUGAGGUUCUUAUUGGUUGUCUGAUUCUCUGACCAUGUCUGUGGUUGUUAUGGUUACCGUCUGGUCCAGUUCAUACAGACUGUUUUGGUUGUUGUUUCUUUGUUCUGUUUAUCUCUCUCUUUUUGUGGUUUAACUGUCUGUGGUCAGGUUCUGGCCAAUCAGAUGGCUCUGUGGUCAGGUUCUGGCCAAUCAGAUGGCUCUGUGGUGGUGUUGUGACUACUGCUGUCUAACUUCUCCUGGAGGACCCCUGGUGUUUCUGUAUCAACUACAUGUCCCAAAAUGGCACCCUAUACCCUACAUAGUGCACCACAUUUGACCCGAGGGCCCACGGGGGAACAGGGGGGCCCACGGGGGAACAGGAGGCCACAGGGGAGGCAGUGUCUGUCAGCCCUCCAGGUCUAGUCUGACCUCACGUCUCCCUGGUUAAGUGGAACUGGACUCGUCACUCGCUGCUUCUCAAUGUUUUAUGGAGUGUCUGUGUGUUAUUAUAUGAUCACAUGUUAAAACUACUUAUGUGUUGACCUCUAAGUACCCUGUGAACUAUUUUGAUUGAGAAAAAAAUAAAAAUAGAUUUAUGUAAAAA